AUGUCCUCUACCCCGACUGUCCAGUCUACCCCGACCAUCCAUCGCAGCUUCGCCAUUAUGGUGGAAGUUCGGCAACAGGUCAUUGAAAAAGUAUUCCGGGUGAUUCCAAAAAAUGAAGAAGAAGUACUUUUUAUUAAAUAUUUGGGCAGUGUAAUGCAGUUGGAUUUCUGGAAACCCAGAUCAUCUGAUUUUAUGAUCCCUGAUCAUUCUGUGGAUUUCCGUGCUGGUGCAGAGGAAGCUAAAGCAAUAAUCCAUCUCUUGGACCAAAAAGAAAUUAAGUAUAAAAUUCUCUUAGAAAAUGUACAAGACAUAAUUGAAGAACAGUUUAAAAAAAGUAGAAUACUCAAAGAUUCUGUGAAAACCCCUAAAUAUCUGCCAUGGGAAAAGAUUAGUAUGUGGGCAUAUUCCAUUUCUUUGAAGAAUCCAAAGCUAGUGUCUUACGUGGAGAUUGGAAAUACAUAUGAAGGAAGACCUAUGAUACUUCUCAAGAUUGGUUCCCAGAAGGCUAAUAAAAAGAUUAUUGUCUUAGAAUGUGGUACGCACGCAAGGGAGUGGAUCUCGCCAGCUUUCUGCCAGUGGUUUGUAAAUGAGGCAGUCAGAACAUAUGGAAAAGAUAAAUCUAUGACUAGGUUGUUGGACACUGUAACGUUCCAUGUCCUUCCUGUGUUUAACAUUGACGGCUACGUUUGGACAUGGACUGAGGAUCGCAUGUGGAGAAAAAAUCGUAAGCCUAAUGAUAAAUGUGUUGGCACUGACCUCAACAGGAACUUCAACAUAUCCUGGAACAGUGUUGGUACAAGUGACAACCCAUGUUAUGACGAUUAUGCCGGAUCUGGUCCUGUUUCGGAAGUGGAGACACAAGCACUCACUGCAUAUAUCCGUGAAAAUCUCUCAUCUAUCAAAGCUUAUAUUUCUUUCCACUCCUACGGCCAAAUGUUAAUGUACCCUUAUGGAUUUACAAAAAAGAAACCACCGAACCAUAAAAAGUUGAAGAAAAUUUCUGGUGCUGCUGUAAAAGCGUUAUCUGGCCUCUAUGGGACCAACUACACAUAUGGACCUAUAGCAUCAACUAUCUACCAAGUUUCGGGUUCCUCUAUUGACUGGACUUACGAAGAAGGCAUCAAAUAUUCUUUUGUCUUUGAGCUAAGAGAUGAUGAUGUUUAUGGCUUCCUCCUUCCAGAAUACCUGAUAAAACCAACUUGCAAGGAAACUAUUCUGGCUGUGAAAGUAAUUGCAAACUAUGCUACAGGCCUGGAUACAUAAGAAGUUUUUUUGGUUUUUUUUGCUUGCAUGAAUUAAACUUUCAAUAAGAUGUGUUUGAACUAAAU